GAGCGACUGCGACAGGCACAGUCGAUCAAGGAGAAGGUGCUCACGGAGAAGACGGUGAUAUGCUGUCAGAACGAGAGCGAGUUCAACAGGGCAAAAGAAUGGAGGAGAGCGACUGGUGCUAAAUACGGCGUCACCUUUGUCGUGUUCUCGACCUUCAAGGGAGCCCAGCAGUGGGAGGCGGAGCCAUCCGCAGUUUGGUCAGAUGUAUUGGUGGACGGCCCCCGCGGGCCGAUGACGGCAGGAGCAUGGAUCCUGCAGAUGGGAGAUGAUGCUCCGACACGUGCUGCUCUUCCUGCCAGCCUCCGCGACGACGAACGUCCAGCGGAGAAGGUGGAAACGUUUGCUGCCAGACUCACGGUGGCACAGCAGUUUGCUUCGAACGAGCUGUACGGACGGGCCCAACAGGAGCCUCUGGCCUUACCGGCCUUGGCCUUCUCGGAGCUCGACCGCAAGAAGAUCAUCAAAGUGACGGGGGCGAUCGACUACUCAACGGAGAUUACCUGCGUAGUGGUUGCGAAGCUCACGGACCGCCAGAGUUUGCUGGCGCUGCAGUUGCCGACGGGUGUGUUCUUGUCUGAACAGAAGUCGGCCCAAGUACCGCGCUUCAUCAGGAUGCGCGAGACCGAGUCGGACGCGGACUACUACUCCAGAGUUCGGGGUCUUGCUCAACGUUCAGAAGGAGGUCGGAUGGUGUGCCGACCGCACGUGGCUGCCCCGCUGGGAGUGGUCGCGGCUAAGCUUGCCGAUGAGGCGGGGAGCGACUCCAUUGCCCCGCGCUGGUGCAUCACCAAGGCACCAGAUGCCUGGGCGCACGAGGAUGACGUGAAGGACUGGUGCGAGAAGCGCGGCUUCACCAGCGUAGCCGCCGUGACUCGAGUCAGUCGCAGGAAGUGGUUCUUCAGGGGCGAGCUGGCGGACUGCGCGGAGCAGGCCGCCUUCCAGUUCGCCAGCGGGAUCGUCGUCAGCAUGGUUGUCGCUGGCGGCUCGCCUGACAAGAAGAAGAAGCAGCAGCAGCAGCAGCAGAAGCCCCGCUCGGCGCCAGAGGGCCAGCCCGCGGGCGCCGCUGCGGGCACAGGCUCGCAGGCGCCAGAGGAUGAGAGCGGGACAGGCAGCAAGAAGAAGAGUGAUGUGGGUGGUGAUCGACCCGACAAGCUGAAGAAAGCCAAGACCGUGUCAGUACCCUACUCCGAGUACCACGCGGUGCAAGAGAACGGUGGUGAAGGCGACUGCUUCUGGAUCGCCGCUGGCACCGCCAUCCACGCCAACAAGAUCGGUGCCCCGCCGCUUUCCCCAGCGGAUCGGGCACCAGGUGGCACUGUGCAGGGCUGCCUCCGCACGACCGCGGCGGCGUACCUGGGCAAGCAUUUCAAGACCUUCGGCCUCAAGAAGGACGAGAGUGUGAGUGUCCGCGAGGGCAUGGCCACCAACGGCACCUAUGCAGAUUCCAGGUGUGCGCGGGCCACUUCGCUCGCCACCAAGACGCGCGUCGUGAUCUGGGCCAAGGCUGGGGACAAGUGGACUCUAUACGGACCCCCCGCCGAGGACUUGAAGCAGCUACGGGGGCCAUGGGUUUGGCUCGCGCUCUCCGACCAGCGCUACCAGCGCCCGGUCACCAAGCAAGCCCUUCCGCCCGAGGUGCAGAAGGAGUGGAUCGACCAGAGCCUGCCGUGCCCGACGAAGGGCUUCAAAGGCGGAGGCCACAGCACCGGCUCGAAGCUAAAGAUUCAGAAGGCCAGGGACCUCCUCGGCCUCUCUCCAGCCUCUUCCUCGAGACCUACGACGGUGGCGCGAGCCAGGGCUUUCCUGGGCUUGUCCGCUGCCUCCAGCGCUGCGGCGGAGGACCUCGCCGAGUUCGAUGCCGCGGAGGUCUGCAAGAGCAAGCACCUGGCCUGCCCAACGCCUGGCUGCGGCUGGGUGCCCACGGCCAGACUCUCUCAGCAGCGCCUCGUCGAAGCUCGCCGACACUGGCGUGCCUGCCGUGGGGAACUGCCCCCCAAGGCGGAUGUGGUAUACAGAGUGCGACCUUGGCCCGCCAAGGAGCAGCGCAGGUGGGAAUGCAAGCAGAAGUAUGAGCAGUGGCUGCAUUCGAGGGCCCUGAAGUACUCCAACUCAUACUGUACCCUCGACUUCGACACGUGCGAACAGCAGGGCCUUGGAGAGAAGUACCGCGGUACACGUUGUGGAGUAUUCAAGCCGAGCUGGCGGGCGAUGACUGACAGCGCCUGUUCUGCAAGGACCGACAAGUUCACCCGCCUCCAGCUCCUGGCGGGCGCGAUCGGGCUGAAGAAAGCAAAGGAGAAGUUGGUCAAGAUCCGUGCCAACGCCCUCAAGCACACGACCACGUACCUGUCCAAGCCUGGUGUCCGCCAGGCCGUGAACAGGAAGCGGGCCGAGAAGCUCAAGGCCGAGGUCGCCGCUGGCACCUCGUGGCGGCAGCGGCAUCCUCGGAAGGCAGCGCAGCAGCAGCGAGCUCGUAACCAGAGGGCAUCGCAGCAGUUGCAGGCCUUGCCCGUCGCCGAGCGGCAGGAGUUCUACAGGAAGGCGAACUCCCGCAGGAAGGGCUCGGGCGGGAUCGUCGGCUUCGCGUGCUUCGUGACGCCAGGCCACCUCCAGCUCGAUGCGAUGUUGUGUACCAGGGUGAAGGUCCUGCGCUCCAAGGCCCUCGACCACAGGGUCGUCGCCGUGAAGACGGCCAACAUCACCAUAGUCUCCGCGCACGGUCCAGUGCGUGCCGAUGGUGCCUGGCUCACGCGGGCCCUCGACUGGAUGCAGACGCCGGGGGAGGACGUCGUGAUGAUUGGCGACUUGAACUGGGCAGCUAGCUAUGCCAAACUAUUGAAUCCAGCCUGGCACCUCUCGGACACUGGUCUCCCCACUACCGUGGUGGGGGCGAGUCCUAGCAGAGCCGUGCGCUGGACUGCAGGGGACGGAGUCGGCCCCACUCUCAAGCAUGUGUCGUUCGUGGAGGGCAUCCCGCACCACGGCUUGUGCACAUUCGGCCUGGAGGUCGAGGUUCCCACGCGUCAGCUCCAACGGCUCCGCCACACCGCGCUCUUCGCUGCGGAUCUGCUGGCCUUUGUCAACGAGCGCGAGAUCGUCGAGAUCAAGCGGCAGCUGGACCGCGAGUUCCCUAUGCCUUCUGAAGCUGCGUCCGUCGUCGUGAAGUGGAAGGCCUGGCACGCGCGUGCCGAGGCCGGCCUCAACCUGACGGCCGCCAAGAACUGGACGAAGCUGGACAGAAAGGUGUUCGGCCAACUUUGCAUGGAUAAGAUCGUCACCCCGAUCAACGGCUGGCCGACCUACGGGCAGAUGCUGGACGCUUUGAAUCGGGCCAUUACUUUGGAAGCUUUGCAGAUCGCCAAUGAACGACAACGGCAUUGGUCCUCGCGUUUUGGGCGGUGGUCGUCUCAGAUCUGGUCUGCCGCCACACCGCAGUUCAAGCAGGCGCCUCCAGCCGCGGGCUUCGACGCGCCAGGCAUGCGAGCUGAGUGGGGGCCCGUGUGGAGCCCAGCCGAGUACGAGUCCCAGCCGAAGGUGGACAAGUGGCUCGAGUAUGCUGUGGACUCCGAGUUCCCCCAGUCGGAUAAGGAUCAGGACUGGGUGCCCUCUUUCCAGGCCUUCCUGACAGCAGUGAAGAGAACGCGUGGCGCGGCCGGCCUCGACGGCUGGGCGGCGUCAGAGAUGCAGUUGAUCGCGCAGACCCUGCCGUUCCUGCUCCAGGAGCUCUUCCAGGUUUGGACGGCGACCUCCAGGAUGGCCGUGGCCCACGGAGGCCGUCUCCCCAAGGUCGUCGCCAACGCCAUCUUCGCCUGGAGGGUCGUUGGCAUUCCGAAGAAGGAUGAAAAUGAGAGUCGACCGAUAAGUGUUGCCAGCUGCCUCUUGCGCGCCUGGCUGACCGCCAUGGCCACGUCCUUGCCGCAGCCCGUGGACUCGCAGUUCGCGUGCAAGCGGGGCGUCGCUGUCGUGCGCGCGGUGUCCGCGUGGCUCGCCGAGGAGGCCCUCUUCGGAGUCGAGCUCGACCUAAGCAAGGGGGACAGCGUGGCGCCAGGCGCCAUGGUCGCCACCCUGGUGCCGUGGGAGUGCGACCCGGCCGCGGGCUGGGCCUUCAUGGACGACAGGUCCAUCACCGCCAUGACCAUGGAGGACUUGAGCACAGCCCUCCAGAAGACCCAGCAGUUCGACCAGGACGUGGGCUACUCCGAGAAUGCCUCGAAGAGGCAGUACUGGGCCGCCGCGCAGCCGUCCAGCGCCAUCGAGCACUUGGGCCUGGAGUGCGACCCGAGCAGAUAUGGGCCAGCGCUGCAGGCGAUAAAGACGGUUUUGUCUGAGAACCUCAAGCGCAGCGCCCACUUGACGAACGCCCUGGCGGGAUAUUUUCAGGCGAUUGGUUUGCAAUUUUUGUCUCAUCACCCCGAGUGGGGCAUCAGGUUGCGCGUCGACCCCAGUGACGACCAGAGGGUGUUGGACGCGACUGCGCGGGUGCGGGGCAGGUCCGAUUCAUUUUGGACGUGGUCCCCCGAGGCGCAGCAUGCGGUACGGGUUGUGGCCAGAGUGCGGUGUCUGCAGACCGUCCACUUGAGCAGGAAUGACGCGGAGGGGGUGCAGGACGUCGACGUCGAGAUCCUCAGCACGCCUACCUGGACCAGAUUCUGGAGUGACCUCACGGUCGAAGAUCAGAAGCUGACUCGGACUCGGACGAAUAACAGGUUUGAGUGUACACGUACGUGCUUAUAUUGUGAAUGCUUGUGGCCCAGUGCCCGACACCUUUGGGCAGAGUGUCCACGCUACCAAGCUGACCGAGACCUUCUUCAGCAGGAGUACGGCCUCGGACGACAUUUUUGGAGUUCUCAGCCUCGAGUCACGUCGAAGAGUGGCUGGGUCACCAGAGCAGCUGCCCCGGCGCUGGCGCGCCGUUCAAAGCUCCAGGUCGCUGCAGUGCGGAUGGGCCUCAAGAUCAUUGUCGAUUGCUUCGAAGCGGGUCCUCAACACCGAGUUCGUUGA